AUGGACUCCAGUGCAACCAGGGUCUCUGCAAAGGGAGGCCGUGCCUGGGAGCCGGGCAAAGGCUUUUCUUUGGAAGGUUCGGGGAAGGAGCAUUUGGUGGAAGCGGCCCAAGACCGCCUUCUGGAGAACGUUGUUGCAGGCAUCAACCAGGACACCGGGCAAGGAAAGCGCAUUCGCGAGCAGUGGAUCUGUGCACAAGCCUCCAAUCUUCAGGUGAAAGAGGCUCUGCGAGCCCGGAACUUCCCCACACAGCUGCCGGGGCUGAAUGCUUCAGGACAUGGUCGCAAAGCCACCAGGGAUGCAUGUGAAGCAUUUUGGCCGGAAAAAUGGUGUCGGGUACUUCACGAUGACGAGAUUCUUGCCGAGCUUGUCGUCGAUUGCGCCAUAAACUCCAUUGUGGAUUCCUUCCUGGACUCAGCAAUAGAGUUGCUUGAAGCUCACGAAGGCUGGGCCUUGAAGAGUACUGGCAGUGGGAAAUCUCCCCACAGAUCGGUGGGCAUGGGUAAUCCGCUGGUGGCUGGUGGCUGGGCUGGGACCUCAGCUGCAUGUACUCUCCAAAGACGUUCUUCGAGUCUCUUUUCUGCCCGCCUACUUCUCGAAGCAGUACAUCAUUGA